AUGGCCUCGCGACCCUUCCACUCGACAUCUCAAGUUGGAUCGCCCAGUCGAGAGGGGGAUAACGAGGUCGCUUGUUGCUGUCCAGGGCAACUGGUGGAGCGUGUGAUGCACGUUUCCACACGUCCGCUACAUGCCUACCCACUUGCAGCCGUCAAUCUGUCGGAUGCAUCGCAGGAUUCUGGCCUCGUCCGUCCCCGCGAAUCGGCUCUGCUCGCCAAUUGGGAUAUGAGGCAUUUCCGUGCGACCGGGUCGAUGAAGAGUGAAGUGGCAUGGCUCUCCGAGGGUGCUGCUGCCGCCACCGCCGCCGCUGCUGCUGCCGUUGCCGUUGCCGCUUCUCGACUAUCAACUAUCCCUGGUAGACCCUGGGUCGUCGGUACUGGACGUGCAUUUCCGCGUUGUCUGCGGUGCUCCAGACACCUCCAUCAGACUCCAGAGUGGCCAAGAUUCCAGCCACCCCCAGUCCCUGGCCUGAAUUCCGAGCUGUCGAGCGCGGCACUUCCCCGUCUGCCGCCGGUGUGCAUUCGAUGA